UCACUAUGGAAUGUUUUACUUCUACACAACUGUCAUACCUCCAGCUGAUUGUCUACCAACCCGCUGCCCUCAAAGAUUUUUUUUUAAUAUCAUCUCUGCCGCUCCGUUGAUGCGACGCGCGACGCUCGACAGUCACUCAUGUUUUAGCGACGUUGUAGAGUAACUUGUAGGAGGAGAGGAAGUGGAGGAGGAAGAUGAAGAGGAAGAGAAGAGUUUGGAGUGAGCGAAACAUUGUGGGAAGGAGACGAGAGCAGUGAAAUAUCCAGCGCUUCUCGCUCACUAGUAAACAAACCCACGAAAUGGCGGCGGAGACGGAUAACCUAAAGAUACUGGAAGCCUGCACAGCUGCUGAGAACUUCACUAAAUUGUACUAUGAAUUUGUAGACAAGAUGAGGCAUAAAUUAUCAAAAUUAUAUUUAGAGGAUGGAAAAUUGGUGUGGAAUGGUAAUGCUGUGGAUGGCAACACCAAUAUUCAAAAAUUUUAUGAGGACUUGCCUACAAGUAUUCACUCCAUCACGUGUCUAGACAGUCAGCCCGUUCGAGAGGAGGCCGUUGGUCAGCAGUCAACUAUUCAGGUGACUACAGCUGGCUUUGUUACAUUGAAAGAUCGCAAGUACCCAUUCAACCAGUCAUUUCUGAUUACAGCAAAAGGAGAUAAAUGGAAAGUAGUCUCAGAUGUGUUUAGAUUUCAAGCAGUUGCCUAACAGAAAAGGGACAGAAUUUAAGGUCACUUUAUAAUUAUUUUGUAUCAAAAUUAAAUAAUUUUUUCAUAA